AUGUGGCCCCAAUUUGAUAAAUUACCGUUAGAGCUGAGGAAGGAAAUAUGGAAGUACGCGACUCCCCCACAAAUUGUCCAGGUCCACAUUACAACACAAAAUAACCUGCAUGGUGGUGGCUUCCACCGUGCAGUGAGGCGUUCUACACAAACAAAGAAACGAGGAAAUGUCAGACCGUUGAAUCUUCCCUUGACACGUUUCCUCAAAACAGUUUCGAGAUCAAAAUACCCCAGCAACUUACCCUAUGUCCCAGGCGCUGAUGUGAUCUAUUUUACCGGCCCCUGUGGAGGGUUCUUCGACGUAUUUGCCGCUACCUAUCCUAACCUUUCACUCCCAUCAGUUGCUAUUCAAGCCUCGACUGGGGAGAUUGAGAACAACUUGCAACUGGAGUAUAUCUGCAAAACCUUCCCGUAUCUGAAAGAGAUCUUGGUGUUAACACGGCUAUCUGACACGACUACCGAACAACUCGAGGCGGCCAGAGAUAAAUGCCGCACGAAACUCCGAAAAAGGGGAGAUGCAUGCCUCUCAUUGAUGCAGAAUUGCCUGGUAGCGGAGGUUGUGAUUCAUCAACAAGUUAAUAUUUACUUUGGAGAAGAUGCCGGAACCGGGCCAGAUAGUCCAAUUGAGGUUUAUGGACAGGUUGGAACGAGCCCUCCCGCUUCCUACAGUAUUCUCUUGAAAAACAAACAGGGCAAAAUUAGUGAGGAAGAAAAUAUCAGGGUGGGAUUCGCGUUUCUUCGGGCGGGUAUUCGCCGCCCUUGA